AUGGUGACAAAGACAAGUCCUGAUGAAGACAAGUCCUGUUGUCGGGACCGUCGCUCUCUCGAGUCGACGGUGAGCAAGUCGGGCUCUCCCAUCCUCAGCGGCGCCCCAUCGCCGUCGCCAUGGCAAGCGGUCGACGGCUCGGCGGACGUCGUCACACCGUACGCUGCCUCGUCGACUCGGAAUUUCCUGCUUAACCAGGAUGCUCCGCAGUUCACGCGAGACCUAGCGAUCUACGAGAACCCCACAGAGAACGUGGCCCAUCGCGAAAGCUGGUCCAACACCAAAAAGGCGCUGAUUGUAGUCGCCGUGUUCUUGUGCGCCUCCCUGCUCUUCGUUUCUGUGCUCAUCGGGAGGCGCUUGUCCGCCUCCGGACCGGAAAUGCUGUGCUCGAGCUCGGCAUGUCGCGAUUACUCGGACAGCCUCAAGACGUCCAUCAACACGUCGGUCGACCCAUGCCGCAGCUUCACGCACUUCGUCUGCGACGGCUGGGAGCGCGACAACGUCAUCAGCGUGCGACAGCACCAGUUCGCCGAAGUCGUGGAGCGAGUGCGCGACUUCGCGUUCGCAAUGGAGAUCCCGGUAAAGGGACAGAACGAGACGCAGAUGGCGGCCGCCUUGUACCGCAGCUGCGACGACGUCGUCCACGGGAGGAGCGACCAGUUGGCCCUGGUCACGGAGUUGCUGCGCGGCGCGAAUAUCACGUGGCCCGAAGUGCCAGAAGGCCCCUGCGACCUCUUGCACACCCUCCUGUACACCUCGCUGAGACUCGGAUGGGACGCGGUCGUCACAUUUACCAUCUCGAGAACUCCCCUCGAAGACGCCCUGGUGGUCAAGCCUGGCAGCUCGUUUCCAUUCGUCUACGACAAGACGGUCGGCUUCGAAACGGAGGAAGGAAAACGGGUCUACUUCAACGAGCUGAUGCGGGCGUUUCGAGGCGACCGGCGCAACGUCACUGCCAGAAUAGUCAGCUACGAAGACACCAUCGCCGUCGAAAACAUGGCGCUCGGCAAGCUAGCGCAAGUUUAUUCGGUAAGCGAACGGAACGGCACUUUGUCGCGGGCGCAGGAAUUUGUCGACGCACCCGACGCCGGCCUGUCGGAAGCCCGAUGGACGGCAGCGCUCUCCCGAUUCCGGAUCAAUCUUACGGGAGGUCUGAACGUAGCAACCAGGUCUCCCAGUUACGUUAAGACGUUCGUCUCCCUGUGGGCGGCACUUGGCGAGGCUGGGAUGUACUCGUUUGUGUCCUGGUGCACGGUCCAGGUGGCCGCCCUGUACACCAACCGAGAACUUAUACUCAACUACUACGACAAGGACAGCCGCAAGGCGCAGGUCUACAGCGACGCCUUCUGCGUCAGUCGCGCCAUGAUUAUGUCGAACGCAGCGCUAUUCGCGCCCUACACUACUCAAGUCCUACGCAGUGACGCCAUGGUUGACGCGCGGGAGGUGACGCUAUCCGUCCGCAGCGCAUUCCGAGACAGGCUCGAAGCGUGGCCUCACUACGAGGAGAACGUCACCGUGGUCUCCAACUGGGCUUCGCUGGACGCGCCGUUCCGCACCUUCGCCCCCGCUGAAAUCGACAGGUUCGCGCGGGGUCCCCUAGUGGACAUGGACGUCGGCUCCCUCGCUCACAACUGGGUUGUCCUCGCCGCGUCACUGACAGACACGCCCAUGGAGGACGUCGCAUCUGAGCUCUACGCCGUCUACAAGUUCCGCUACCACGUGUUACCUAGGGGAGAAGGCGACUUCCAACUCAUGCCGUACGCCCUCCGUUUCCCCAUGUACGAAGGAAGCCUGCCUGCGGCUGUCAAUUACGGAGGCCUCGGAGCCGUCGUCGGUCGCGCGCUGGGAGGACUCUUUCUCGACGCCUACCGCCGGUACGGAGACCCGGCAUCGGCCACCGCGCUCGCCGAUGCGCGGUCCUGCUUGAUCCGCGGACAGUUUGGAGCGGUGGACAGUAUCGAGGAUCUCCUGGCCGAGGCGUUCGGCGUCAGCGCACUCGUGGCCGCCUACAAGCUCACCGCAACUGCCGAUAACGCCGUCGAAGGCAUGGAGGCGUACAGCAGCAUGCAGAUGCUGUUCAUCGCCAUGUGCCACAACAAGUGCCAGGGCAGCAUGAGAGGCAACAAGGACCCCGUGUGCAACGCGCUACUGCAGUACGUGCCCGAGUUUGCGGACGCGUUUCGAUGCCAGGCCGGAGCGCCGAUGAAUCCAUCGCACCGUUGCAGGUUUCUUUGA